CUCGAUUCACAAUGUGGUCCAGUUUCUGCUGGGUGAUCAGCCUGAUGCUAUUCUCCUGGGCGCCGCCUCCGCCUCCUGGUACCAAGAAGCUAGAUGGAGAAGAUAUCAGUGAAUUUGACGAUGCCGAUGAGGGCCCCGUAGAAGUCGACAAUGCUUUCAAGGGCGUGCUGUCGGACUGGAAGAAAGCAGAGCCCCUUGCUCGUGGGCUCUCUCGAUGUUACUACGACACCCCAACGCAUCCCCAAGCUCAAGGCCGUCGGCUCGCCAUCAGCCUUCUAAAAUGUCUCCGCGGUGGGCUUCUACUGGGAGGCUUUAUCGAGCUGGCUGCUAUGCUGACAGCCGCCCUCCCGCCCAUUAUCUUGCGUUGGCUUCUCGUAGCCUUACCAGAACCUACCAAAAACGUCAAAGUCUCAACAGCGGAUGGGACUUUGCAAGAUGAGCGGGAGAGCCACGACGCCCGGAUGGCUCAUAGUUACGCUCUUGUCGCAGCCAUGGCACUCACACAGAUGGCUGCUGGCAUCCUCAUCAACGCCUCGCGAUACAGACUCGAAGGUGUUGGAGCCCAGGCAAAGGCUGCCCUCACGUACAUCAUCAUGGACAAGGCCUUCCUGGCACCGCCCUCUUCAGCCGCAGUCGUCUCAUCUCAAAGAGGCCAAGAAUCAAAGAGAAGGGCAAAACAACAAAUCUGGAGCUCCGGCGCCGUCUUCAAUCUCGCAUCCGUGGAAGCAUCGCGCAUAGAGGAUUGUAUCAGCGGUAUCAACGCUAUCUGGACUGUACCGGCUAGCUUUGUUCUCGCGAUCCCCAUGUUAGCCGCGAAUGUAGACACUUCAUCGCUAGGUGGCAUGGUGGUCUUGCUCCUAGGCCUCCCCAUCUUCGCCAAUGUUGCUCUCCGCAUCUGGGGCGAGCAAAAGGCUCUCACGGCGUGCGCCCUAUUGCCGACAUUGGCCUCAAUGGCGAGUCUCAUCCUUUAUGACACGCUCCACGAGGGCGUACCUGACCCAGCGAAGGCUUUCUCAUCCUUUGCUCUGUUCUUAGCGCUCAAACCACAUGUGAACCGCGCAGCACAGGCUGCAGUGCAGUUGCAGGACUUACUGGUGGGAUGCCGCGCAAUUGAGCAGUGGCUAGAGACGGAAGAGCCUGGGGAGACGAUGGCGAAGUCCGCAGACUGGGCAGUUGACGUAGCUCAGAACACAGUGGUUUGCUGGCCAGCUACAUCUGAAGAUGGUGAUUUCGUACUGUCUUUUGACACCAAUAUUCGGGUUGCGAAAGGUGAGCUAAUAGCUGUCUGUGGCGCGCCUGAGUCUGGUAAAUCAUCUCUCCUACAUGCAGUCGCAGGUCAAAUGUGCCUUGAUUCUGGCGCGUUAGAUCUGGGCAUCGGGUCAAAGGUGGCCAUGGCUGGUCAGAUACCAUGGCUAAGGAGAGGGACGAUCCGCAGCAAUAUCCUCUUCGACCAAAAGUUCGACGAGGUCAGAUAUUGGAAAGUGGUCAGCGCUUCGGCUCUCAUGGGCGAUACCGACAGAAUGCCUCGCAGGGAUCUCACAAUUAUUGGCUCUGGUGGCCAAGGUCUCUCAAGCGGCCAAGCUCAACGUGUCAGUCUGGCCCGAGCCAUGUAUUCGGAUGCUGACAUUGUACUCAUUGACGACUGUCUCCGUAAUCUUGACCCUGAAACCGGAAAGGCAGCGUUCGAAGGUGGCAUUUGCAGCUUGUUGGAGAACAAAACGCGCCUCAUCGCAACAAACCAGGCUUGGGUGGCCCGCCGAUCGAGCCAUGGCUUGUGGGAGCGAUCAGUGAGACGUGUGGUCGGAUCACCCAUGAAGUUCUUCCAAAACCGCUCCUUAGGAAGCAUCAUGGAUCGCCUCUCCAAAGACGUAGAUACGACCGAUAGAGAGCUGAUCGAGGCAACGCGUAAUGCCACACUCCAUCUGGCGCGCCUGCUGGGCGGAGUUGCCCUGAUGCUGGCGAUGCAGAUCAACGUAUGUACAUUCCACGCGUUCAUGAAAGAUUUGUUCUCACGAUGA